UGGAAGUGGAAUUCUAGAAGUGAAGUUGCCAUUACUACACUACACUCAACCUGACCGCCCAGCAAGGAGUGAAAGAUCGAGGGCUCAUCAUUGGUGGGGAUCUGCGUACCUUGAGUGAGGAGGUUGCCAUGUGGCCAGCCAUGCCCAAUUGCCCAUCAAUAUACGGUGUGGCUCUGCCCUCCACCCCAGCCGGGGAAGGGUUGUCCCCCGUGGUCACGUGUUGCCCCCAUAGCAGUCUACCCCAGGGGGCACCCUUGUGGGCAGCCCCACAACCUGGCGGGCAGUUGACUUUGGUGGGGCUCAUUGGGGUUACCUGAUACAUGGCCUACUAUCUUCCCAGCUGAUCCCAAACAACACCCUCUUCUCACCACCUCUCUCAGGAAACUAGCCAGCUCACACCGUGCCUCUUCUGUCCUGGAGGUCCACUGAGCCUACUGCCGACCCCAAACUUCUGUUGUCAUCUCGCCUUAGCUUGGUAGUGGACAACAGCCUCUGGCCAUAGCAGACCUCUAGUCUGAGGUGUCUAGAGAAUCUUGGCCUCAGCCUUUGCCAAAGAACAUCCUUUUUAAGGCACAGAAGUCUCUUAGCUCAGUACAUUCACAGCUGUAAGGAGCAACAAGGAACUUCGGUCAUCACACAUGGCAGAACCUGGGCUCGGCAAGACUGUCGGCUGAAACAUUCAUUGGAGACCUUUGACUGUCACACUCAGCAUUGAAAACUGUUAAGUCAGGAUUUGUGUUAAUCCUGGGUUAUCAAGAAAGGCAUGAUGCUUUGCUGUGUGACACUUCAAGCAACAUUACCUUCCACCUUUAUCACCUAUGGGGAUCUGAAGUGUGGAAAAUUUUGGUGUUGAUUAUACAGAAUGCCUACUACAUACACAUACACUAACACUUGUAAUGCUUUUGGCAGCAUAAACAUUGGCUUCAUAGUAUCCCUGAAUUUUACUCUAUGAUGCUGAGGGAUUUGUGCGGCUGUUAUGAAGAUUAAAAUUGUGGUGGGUAUGACAUUUUCAUCGAGCCCACACCUGUAUUAAGUGGCCAUCUUCAAGUGAUUAAGUGCUGUUUCAACUAUGGUGCUUAAAAGCCUCCUCAGUAUGGUGUAUCCUUAUGGAAGCUUAUCCAUACCUUUUGUAUGGGGUUUCUACACUACAGUACUCAGAAUAAGAUUUGGCCAUGAAGAAUGUUUGGGAGACUGCUUUCUGUUCUGUAACUGUACAUUCUUCCAAUCAACAAGUGUUCAGAAGGCACCCAUUGGGAAAAUACAGUACUAGCCUGCAAUCCACAUUACCUUCUGCAAUCAAGUUGUAGGAAUCACUUGUGUGUGGAGUGUGAAGUGAUGAUGAGUGGUGCUAGCCCAUGUGAUAUGCACGUGGUGCCUUUUUGCCUGGACUGCAGCAGUUAGUGGUGCCCAAGGUGGUCGCUGCAAGUCCAGGCAGCUCAGUGCACUUUCUGAUGCCCAUAACAGGUGCCAUUCAAGAGUCUGCAGGAGCCUCGGGGACUGCAUGCAGGGUCUCCCCCGUCGCUCUUCUUCCCGUCUGGCUGGGCUCGUCGCGGCAGGAGACACCCCUUUCCUGGAGUGUUUCAGCAACUACCCAGGACCCCUGCCUUUGUGGCAGUGCCCCCUCAGCUCGAUUCUACGUUCACCAUCUGGUCCAGUUCUGACGCAUCGCCCAUUCCUUUCAGAGUGGCGUGAGCUCGGCUCCUCUCACUUUAGUGUGUGGAGUGCUGAUCUCUGCCACACUUUCAGGAUGUUAAGGAAAUGCACGACCAAUGAAACAGAAGAGGACAUCUCUUAAGAAUUCACAAAUAUCAUCUUUCUCUGGCAUUUGGUCCUCAGGAUGUCUGAGAGAUACAGCAGUCGUCCACGCACACCCCCUGGUCCUCCCCCCACACAAGGGCCCCGCAAACCGUCCACUCGAGGACCUUCAACCUCUGCCACGCCCUCCAAGGCUGUGCCCUCUAAGUCCUACGAGGAUCGACCAUAUGAUAAGUACGACAAGCCGUACACUAAACCCUCGUACCCAUCCUCCAAGCCAUAUUCAGACGACAAGUAUAAAAGUGCUCCAGUGAGAAAAAUCAGUGAUAAAGUGCCAAAUAGUAAGUUUAUGGGUAAAAGUGAUGUCUAUGGUAGUGAUUUAUACAAGACCAGAGACGUUGGUUACUCCGGUGAUAGGUAUGGUGAAAAGGACGUGUAUGUGAGUAGUUACCCGGAGAAGGGACGAUAUACAGAAAAAUACCCAGCAAGUGCCCCAUACAGUGACAAGUUUCCUGGCAAGAAGUUUGCCGAUGAAUAUGACGCUUAUCCAGAAAAGACGAGUCGAUAUCCCAGACACGAAAAUGAUGCCUAUUAUAGCGGUGUUGUUGGUUCAUAUGAUGCCUAUAAUUCAUAUGAUGCUUAUGGCAGCGACAGGCAUGUGGCUGGGGGUUAUGGUGUGGAGAAACAUGCUGUAGGCUUGGGAGUAUAUGGAGAUAAAUAUGGAGGAAGAGGAGGCAUGGGUGCAUAUGGAGAAAAACCUGGAGGGCUCAGUUAUGGAGGAGACAAGUUGGGCAGAGGUGGAGGAAGCUACAGUGUGGACAAGCAUGGUGGUGGGGGGAGUGCUUACCCCAGGGACAAGUUAAGCAGUCUUGGUUAUGAUGCCAAGCCUGGAACACGGACGAGGAUCUAUCCUGAAGAUGAGCGUCGACAGUAUCGAGACUACACCCCUCCACGCACUGGCAGGUCACCUUUGCGAGGUAUUGCUGGAAGUUAUGGAGAUUACGACCGCUACUGCCCACCUCCACGUUCUCCUGAACGUCAAUACCUGGACAGGUAUGUCAUUGGCGACAGUGUUGUGUAUGGUCCUCCAGGGCACUACCCCCGUGAUCUUGGCCCGACUUCACCCCAUGCAAGGCCUCCCUCACCUCCGUCCCCACAACCACUGAUGUCACGAAACUAUCCACGAUACACUGCUACGAGCCCCAGAAGAUAUACAUCAAACAGUAGAAGAAGUCCAGCACUGCAGCCGCCCAUCUCGACACAGUACCGUUCUCCUUCACCCCCAAGACGUGUGACCUCUCCCGGCGCCCCUUCCCCUCCUAGCAGAAGACCACCAUCUCCAAGGAGUCCAUACCUGAGAGGCCAAAGAACCAGCCGAGAGCAAGCUUGAGCGUAUUUAGGUCUAAAGAGAGGUAUGGUAACAAGGCAGGUAUCUCCAGUACAGCCAGGAGUCCUAGUAGAGACAGCAGAAGAGGCAGUGACAGAAGCAGAGGAGACAGAGA